UAUUUUAUUGACUCCUCUGCUACUUCCCUCCCACUCCCACUACCACUUCACUUCCUUCCAUAAAAUGGAGCUCUCCACUUCUUUAUCUAAUUUUCUUAUAUACUGUUGCGCCUCCUCCGGGAAGGAAGAAAGAAAAAUGGUAACUUUUUGUUUUUGCAGGAUUCUGAUUCUCAUGGCGCUGCUGGCUUCAGUGGACUCUGCCUGCAACGGUGCAGACAGACAAUUCGUUUCCAGGGCUUUCAACUCUGUCUCCGGCUUUAAUCUGUCUUCCAUUUUUGCCUCUCAGCUGAAUUCCAACCACUGCAAUAUUCAAGAAAUUACGCUUCCUUCCAAGAAUCUCACCGGAAUUGUUUCCUGGAGGUUUCUGAGAAACUUGACGAACUUACGCUCCAUCGAUCUGUCCAGAAACUCGCUUGAAGGUUCUGUCCCCAAUUGGGUGUGGGCAAUCCCCAGUCUGGUUCAUGUCGAUCUUUCCGGCAAUCGUUUCGGAGGAAGUAUUGGUUUUAAACCCAACUCCAGUAAAAUUUUGUCCUCUUCGAUUCGGGUGCUGAAUCUUUCCCAGAACAGGUUCUCUAAUUCCGUUCGCCUCUCUGGGUUUUCGCAGCUGAAAUCUCUGGACCUCUCGCGGAACAAUCUGCGGAAUCUUCCAUCUGGGUUGGAGAAACUUUUUAAUUUGAACCAUUUGGUGGUUUCGAGAUGUAAUAUUUCCGGGAGCCUAAAGCCCAUCUCUGUUCUUCGUUCGCUCGAGUACUUGGACGUGUCGGGUAAUUCCCUGACUGGUAAUUUUCCGUCGGAUUUCCCUCCGCUUGAUGGACUGAAGUUCUUGAAUGUUUCAAUAAACAAGGUUAAGGGAGUGAUUAGUCCCGAAAACUACAAGAGAUUUGGGAAAUCGGCAUUCGUGGGAACUGGGAUUACUUUAUUAGCUGAAACAAACCCCAGAAGCAGAAGCUUUUUUCCAAAUCAUCAAAAAUCCGAACACCCUCACACGAAAUCGCAGAAACCCAUGAAGGAACCGGCGAAAAAGGCCAAACCCAAAUCAGCAUCGAAAACGAAGGCUCUGAUAGUUGCCCUGUCCACUGGGGCAGCAGUUUUGUUUUUUGCAUCGGCUGUUUCAGUGGUUUGGGUGUGGAGGAGACGAAAGAGAAUGAUGAAGAAAAACAAAUGGGCAAUCUCCCAACCAGUCCAGGUGGCGUUCAAGAUGGAGAAAUCUGGGCCGUUCGCGUUCGAGACGGAGUCAGGAUCCUCCUGGAUCGCUGAUAUCAAGGAGCCAUCCUCCGCCCCAGUGGUGAUGUUCGAGAAGCCGUUGAUUAAUUUGAGCUUCAAGGACCUGAUUGCUGCCACGUCGCAUUUCGGGAAGGAGUCCGUGCUGGGAGAGGGCAGGUGUGGGCCCGUGUACCGAGCCGUCCUUCCCGGGGACAUCCACGUGGCAAUCAAAGUCCUUGAAUCCGCUAGAUCCGUUGGUCGCGACGAGGCUGUAGCCAUGUUGGAGGACCUCUCCGCAUUGAAGCAUUCCAAUUUGUUACCGCUCUCCGGUUACUGUAUUGCAGGUAAAGAGAAAUUAGUGUUGUACGAGUACAUGUCCAACGGAGACCUCCACCGGUGGCUUCACGAGCUCCCGACCGGGCAGCCGAACGUGGAGGACUGGAGCACGGACACGUGGGAGAUAACGAACAAUGAGAAUGCGGUGGGUGGGUCCCAGUUGUAUUCUCCGGAGAAGCUGGGUUGUGUUUUAUAG